AUGGCCGAACACGAAGAACAAGAACAUCACCACCCUCAUCGAACAAAGGCCUCGGCGAAUGUAAGAUCAUCAAGUAAUGGAUCGAUAUCGCAGGUUAAUGUGAACGUGUCCGAUCUCGAUGGAAUCUUUAAUUUGAAUGAUAAUCCGCCGACGACAACAACAAUUAGCACAAUUGCUGUACAAGCUGGUGAAGCAAGAAUUGUUUUAGCUGUUCUUCGAAGCUCGGAUAUUGCCCAAGUCCGUAUUCAACAAAUGGAACCUGAUCUAAUGGAUGUCGGUUCGAAUCUUGAAGAUACAAUUAAACAUCAAACAGUUCAUGAAGAACUAAUUAGUAAAUUGAAAGCUAAACAAGAUCAUAUAACCGAACUGUUGACACGUGCAGAUGAUCUUGUCACUCAACAAAAAUCUUAUAAUGAAGUAUACGAAGCCAUGGCACGUAGUCUCGGCGAAGCAUGGAAAGAGCUUAAUUUACAAUUGGAAGGUCGAAGGAAUCUUUUAAAUCAAGCCAUACGAUAUCACACAAUCGCUGCUCGAUUUACUGAUCGAGUAAAUACAGCUCGAACAUGGUUUACAUCGUUAGAAAAUGCUGAUUUCGAUAAACAGUCGAUACACAUGUUGUUUGAUGAACAUGAACUCUUUCGAAAAGAAGUCCUUGAAGCGUCGUUAGAUACAUUAAAUGAAGGACAAUUGUUAUUAGAAUGCGUUCGAAAAUUUGGCUCAUCUAAUGAAGCUAUUAAUCAGCACUCAACAGUGGCUGCUUGUUACGAAAUAGAACACUUACUUAGUUUGCAUCAUGAUGAACGACGGCAAUUCGAAGAUGAAUGGGAACGAAAUCGAAAGAUUCUAAGCGAAUAUAUACAAAUGUCCGAAACCAAACAUGAAAUUGAUCAACUUCUGAAUUGGCUACAUGAACGAGGCCAAGUCUACGUCGAAAAUACCGAUCUUGGACGUACACUUGACGAGAUCGAACGCUUACAAACUGUUCAUAAUGAUGUAGAGAAUGAAUCACAAACAAUUCAUGAUCGAGUGCUUCGUUGUAUGCGAGCGGUGGACUCGUGGGUGCACACCGGUUUAUCACGAGCCGACCGUUUACAUGCUUAUGCUCAUACACUGUUGGUUUUAUGGGAAAAAUAUGCACUUAAACUUGACAAUCGUCGUCGAUUAUUACGCUUAGCGCAUAAAUUCUACGUCGAUUCAUCGAAUGCAUUUUCUGUGCUUGAUACUUUCGAUGCACAAUUAUUAUCUCAUUCCUCGAAUCAUUUACGAUCAAGCGAAGAACUUUUAGAAGAAUAUCAACAAAUGAAAGAAAAAUUAAUUCAAUCAACUGAGAUUCCACUUCGCGAAGGACAUAUCCUAUUAGAGAAAAGUUCGAAUAAUAACGCAAGUACACAUAUGAUUCGGCAGCGUGUCCAUGAUCUAGAGAAACGAAUCGAAAAUAUUCGCCAUCGUUUACAAGAAGAACAUGAAAAAUUAGAUCGACAAGGCUCAACAUUGUAUCAAACGUUCGAUAAUCAAUGUACAAGAAUGCAAUCGUGGCUGCAUAAUGUCGCCGAACGAUUUCUCAGUUCGAAUCGAUUUUUAAUCGAUUUAAGUAAUCCGUUCGAUUUAACCAAACAAACGAAUGAUUUCUUAGAAUCUCACCAACAAAUUAUUGAACAUGACCUAAAGAGUCGAGAAGAAGACAUUCAUCGUCUGGGAACAUUGGUCCAUGAAUUACAAGCUAGUAAUGAUCGAAAUUGUCAAGUGGCUCGUAAACGGUUCGAUCAUGUCUUUUCUCUUUGGCAAAGUCUCACGGAUAAGAUUGUUCGACGACAUACACUCGCUCAAUCAUAUUCAGGUUUUCGAUACCAAGCUGAACAGUUGUCCAAUGGUUUAGCCAGCAUCGAUGAUGUGAUCAGCUUUCGUGAUAAUAUCGAUCUUUUACCUGAAUCAGCGGUAAAACACAUCGAAGAAACUUGGGCAAAUCUUCGAAACAGUUAUCACGAACUAAUCGAGACAAGUCGAAGUCUUCGCCAUGCUUUGGAUACGGAAUCUGAGCACGUUGAUUUGUAUUCAGGUGAUACCCAUCGAGCUAUAUUCGAUCAAUGUGAACAAAUCAAUCGGAAAUUCGAACAGAUCACAUCAAAUUUUGACCUUUGGAUACGAAAACUAGCGAGUCUGAAAGAUUUUAAAAAUCAAUGGCAACAGUUCAUGCAUGACGCACGAAAUACCAUCGAGAAAUCUCACCGAUUCGAAUUACAUUUCAAUCCACCAUCGAUGUCUCCAAACGAUCAUAUUGAUAGAUAUCAACGAUUACUCAGCGAUUUCACCAAUAGUGUUCAAGAGAUCACUCGUGAAAUUGAAGAUCGUUUGAGAACAGCUGAACAACUGAAUAUGCGCGGUGAAACCAAUGGGCAAAAAGAGCAAAUUGUCAACGAACUUAUCAAAGCGCAGCAACAGUAUUUAUCGCGUAUAAACCAUACUCGAACAUUCUUACAUUCGAUGAUCAACUACUACAAGAACACAUCGAAAAUCGAAACACAACUGAUCAACAACAAUCAAACUUUAUCGUCCUUGCCGAAUGACAUUCGCAGUACAGAAGUCUUGAUCCGACAAUAUGAAACCGAACGAGAUAGAAUUAUGCAAACGUAUGAACAAUGUCGACAGGAUGCACUUCAAGCUGAGAGUAAAGCUAAACAGUGUGGUCAAACGUCAUUCAUUAAUGAGAUCUAUCUGAAACAAAAUGAAAUCGAGUCGAAAUAUUCGCAAUGGCAACAACUAUGCGAAGAAAACCGAUCGAAAUUGAAGCAACGCGUUGAAUGGUGUCAGUUUCUCGAUGAUAAAUAUAAAAUUGUUUACGAAAUCGGUUCAUUGCAACAAGAAAUCGAUCGACGACGGCAAAAUAUUCCUCAAACGUAUCGAGAAGCUCUUAAUCGAGCUGAAACAAUGCAUGAAAUCACUCGACUCUACGAUAGUUGUGAACGAGCUGUGCGAAGAUUUCGUACAACGGCAGAAAUUAUGAUUCAGCAGAAACAUCCGGAAUAUGAGCAAGUCCUAUACGAAGUUAAAGACGUCGAGAAGAAACUGUCGGUUGUUCAUGUUUCGGUCGGUGAUUAUCGAGAACAUGUCGAGAAAACCACUGCUUAUUAUAAACUUCUGGACGAGAUGGAGCGAUGGCAUCAACAAUCGAGCGAAUUACUAAUUGAAAUCGGACGAGAUACGGUGUGCUGUCAAACCGUUUCUGAUACGCAGAAUUUACUUGAGAAAGUCUCAACUGCAAUCGACCAAGGCAAAGAAUACGAACAAGAAAAAAUGAGAUAUAUAAGUACAUUGGCUGUCGAAGUUUUCGGACCGGAUGAAGGACAACAUCGGAUAAAACAUGUGACUGCACGAAAUAUUGAAUUAAUCAAUGCAUUCAUCAAAGUUCAUCAAGAUAUAUCAGUUGUUCAACGAAAUUUCGAAUAUCGAUCAGAUUUCUUCCAGGAAACGAAAAAUCCGCCUGCUUUUGUUAAGCCAUUGAUAGAUGCAACGGUUAAUCAAGGAACAAAAUUCACAUUUGAAUGUCUUAUCGAUGGAAACGAACCGAUGACAGUAACUUGGCUGAAAAAUAAGAUAUUUAUCUCGUCGCUAACACAUGAUAUCAAAUAUGAACGUGGGCUUGCAACAUUAACACUCGCUGAUGUACAGAGAGAUGAUUCGGCCUAUUAUACAUGUCGAGCUAAUAACAGCGCGGGCACUACGGAAAGUUCGGCUUAUCUUAUCGUUCGAAGUAAUCAAAGUGGGCCACUGGUCGUCCCUAUUGACAAUAAAUUUCAGCAGCAUCAUGCCCCAACGUUCGUCGAACCGUUACGUUCACAAAAUGCAUCGGUUGGUUCAACUGUAGUUUUUGAAUGUAUCAUCUAUGGUGAACCGACUCCUCAUGUUAUUUGGGAACGUGAUGGUGUGGAAAUAUGUGAAGGCGACUCUCUAUCAGAUUCGGUAGCUAAACAUCAACUAUAUCAUUUAACACUUCGACAUGUACAAAUAAGUGAUACUGGAAAAUACGCAUGUAGAGCAAGAAACUUUAGCGGCGAGGCAACAUCAGUAGCUGAUCUUUGUGUUUAUUCUAAUCAACAACAACAUGACUUCAUUAUGGUAUCGGAAUACGAGCCGCGUCUUACUGAACCUCUAAAAGCAUCAUAUAUCAUACGAGAAGGACAACCAGUAAAGCUUNAGUUGAAAAUUAAUAACGAUAUAGUCAUUGUUCAUUCUAAAACACAGAAAAUGACUUGUUAUGUUUUCUCGCUUGCAAAGAUUCACAAUUGA